GUUCGUGCACAGUCCAGCUGAUAUUUCCUGAGGAGGUUGGAAGGCUUCAAUUACGGCAACCGGUUAAUAAAAUGACAGAAAAUUAGCAAGGAAAAUUUAGCGACGUUGAAGAUUUUUUUUAUUGACCCUGGAGCUGUAGGGCUUUAAGGGCAAUCACAUUUUAUUUCACCUAAGAACUGAAUCUGUACAUCUACUGCCACCAUGGGUGAACUCUUCAGAAGUGAAGAGAUGACCCUAGCUCAGCUCUUUCUCCAAUCAGAGGCUGCCUACUGUUGUGUCAGUGAGCUAGGAGAGUUGGGAAUGGUCCAGUUCCGUGAUCUGAACCCCGACGUGAACGUGUUCCAGCGCAAGUUUGUCAAUGAAGUGAGACGCUGUGAGGAGAUGGACCGCAAGCUGAGGUUUGUGGAAAAGGAGAUUAAAAAGGCCAACAUCCCAAUUGUGGACACAGGGGAGAAUCCGGAAGUCCCCUUCCCAAGGGAUAUGAUUGACCUGGAGGCAACAUUUGAGAAGCUAGAGAAUGAGCUGAAGGAGAUCAACACCAACCAGGAGGCUCUGAAGAAGAACUUCCUGGAGCUGACUGAGCUCAAGCACAUCCUUCGUCGCACUCAGCAGUUUUUUGAUGAGAUGGAGGACCCAAAUCUGCUGGAGGAGUCAUCCUCUCUGCUGGAUCCCAGUGAGGCAGGACGGGGGGCGCCGCUGAGGCUGGGGUUCGUCGCUGGGGUUAUCAGCAGGGAGCGGAUUCCAACUUUCGAGAGAAUGCUGUGGAGGGUGUGUCGUGGGAACGUCUUCCUGCGUCAGGCAGAGAUUGAAGACCCUCUGGAAGACCCAACCACAGGGGACCAAGUUCACAAGUCCGUCUUCAUCAUCUUCUUCCAAGGUGACCAGUUGAAAAACAGGGUUAAGAAGAUAUGUGAGGGAUUCCGUGCUUCUCUGUACCCCUGUCCUGAGACACCUCAGGAGAGGAAAGAGAUGGCAGCGGGGGUCAACACGCGCAUCGAUGACCUCCAAAUGGUGCUAAACCAGACAGAGGAUCACCGUCAAAGGGUCCUCCAGGCUGCGGCCAAGACGGUGAGAGUGUGGUUCAUCAAGGUCAGGAAGAUGAAGGCUAUCUACCACACCCUCAACCUCUGCAACAUUGAUGUCACCCAGAAGUGUUUGAUCGCCGAAGUGUGGUGUCCAGUCUCUGACCUAGACUCCAUCCAGUUUGCCCUACGGAGAGGCACUGAGAGAAGUGGUUCAACAGUGCCCUCAAUUCUCAACAGGAUGCAAACCAAGCAGACCCCACCCACAUACAAUAAGACCAACAAGUUCACUUCUGGCUUCCAGAACAUUGUGGAUGCUUAUGGGAUUGGGACCUACCGGGAGAUCAACCCAGCCCCCUACACCAUCAUCACCUUCCCUUUCCUGUUUGCGGUCAUGUUCGGGGACAUGGGCCAUGGGGUGCUAAUGUUCUGUGCCGCUCUCUACCUGGUCCUGAGGGAGAGCCGGCUCCUCUCCCAAAAGAGUGACAAUGAGAUGUUUAACAUGAUCUUUGCUGGACGUUACAUCAUCCUGCUUAUGGGAAUUUUCUCUGUCUACACUGGUAUCAUCUACAAUGACUGCUUCUCCAAAUCACUCAACAUGUUUGGCUCUGGUUGGAGUGUAAGACCCAUGUUUGGGCCAAAGGGUGCAAACUGGACGUUUGACACGCUUGGUACUAAUACAGUUUUACAGUUGGAUCCAGCAAUACCAGGAGUCUUCAAUGGGCCCUAUCCUUUAGGGAUUGACCCGAUCUGGAACAUUGCCACUAACAAGCUGACCUUCCUCAAUUCCUUCAAGAUGAAGAUGUCUAUCAUCCUGGGUGUUAUCCACAUGCUGUUUGGUGUCAGCCUCAGCUUGUUCAAUCACCUGUACUUCAAGAAGCCCUUGAACAUCUUUCUGGGCUUCAUCCCUGAGAUUGUCUUCAUGAGCUCCCUUUUUGGCUACCUGAUCCUGCUCAUCUUCUACAAGUGGGGAGCGUACGACGCUCUCACCUCUAAGGAUGCGCCCAGUCUGCUCAUCGCCUUCAUCAAUAUGUGCCUCUUCAACUACAGCGACCCCACUAACAAGCCCCUCUACAGAGGACAGAUGGGGAUCCAGUCUUUGUUGGUGGUGAUUGCCCUUGCAUGUGUUCCCUGUAUGCUGAUAGUGAAAACAAUGGUGCUUCGGCGUCAGUACCUUUGGAGGAAGCACCUGUCACAGAAGAUAGAAGAAAGGCCUGCUGAGAAUCUAGAAAAUUUAGAGCAGACAGGCGUGUCUUCAUCAUGCACCGGACUCACUCAACAGGGCACUCAGAAAUUUGGUGGGAUCCGGGUUGGUAACGGGCCCACAGAAGAUGAAGCAGAGAUAAUCCAGCAUGACCAGCUCUCUCAGCAUUCCGAGGACGAGAAUGAGCCCGCUGAGGAGGAAGUGUUUAACUUUGGAGAUGUAGCAGUCCACCAGGCUAUCCAUACCAUAGAGUACUGCCUGGGCUGUAUCUCCAAUACCGCCUCCUACCUGCGGCUGUGGGCGCUGAGCCUAGCCCAUGCACAGCUGUCGGAGGUCCUGUGGACCAUGGUGAUGCACAUUGGCCUGUCGUCAAGGAGCUACGGCGGGUUCUUUGGCCUGUCCAUCAUCUUCGGGGCCUUUGCCACUCUCACCGUGUGCAUCCUGCUGAUCAUGGAGGGCCUGUCAGCCUUUCUGCAUGCGCUCCGUCUGCACUGGGUGGAGUUCCAGAACAAGUUCUACACGGGCCAGGGCUUCAAGUUCAUCCCAUUCUCCUUUGACAGCAUCCUGGAGGGCAGAUUCGACGAGUAGGCAUAUCCAGCGUCCCCCUCCAGCUGUGCCCCUCUCUCUGGUUCUGUGUAGUAUUUGUGAGCUAUGCCGUAGUUUCCUGCCCCAUUGUGGCUCAAUGUUGUAGGAGCUGUAGCCCUGGGUUGGUGUUAGUUUUGAAUGACUUUGUGUCUUUGCUGAACCCCCCAAUCAAAUCCACCGAUCCAAGUUCUCCACAAUUCAUUUUAAGCCAGUGGUCAGAAGUGAAUGUGUCUGUGUUCUGGUCUACUGUAGUUAUUAACCAAUAAGGCUUUUUCAAAGUUCUCAGUGCUCUACUAAUGAAACAAGCAGCACAUCAGAACAUGAAAUAAAUGUACUUUAUUAUCUUUGGGGAAAAAAAAAUAAGUAUCACUUAAUUUGGUCAACAAUGUCUGCUUUUAAUUUAUUAAGUUGUCAGGACAGGUACAUAUAUUGCUAGUUGAUUGCACUCUUGUUAAAUGUUAUUUAUUUUUUAUCUGAUAAAUUAUUGGUUCUGUACUUUAAAAGAGGACAAUAAGUAAUUUGGGUGAAACCCAGUGCUACAUGUGUAUUGUUAAUUGUAAAUUGCACUACUGUCCACAAAAAAAUAUAUAACUGACCAUUAUCUAAACUUAACAGAGCCAGUACCUAUUGGUCAGUGAGUAUCUGGUGUAUUUCAGGGAUCUGUGAAAGCACUGAAGUAGCAAUGAAACCUGUUUUGGGUUGUCCCUAAUACCACUAAAUGGACAGGCUUUACUUGCCUGUUUUGAGACACGUGUUACCGAGCUGUCCUGCUCUACCAUUUCCAGGGUACAGUAGCCUAAAGUGUCCUGACCCCAAUCAACACACCUCCCCUCUUGCACCAGUGACAGUCUACAAAAUUACGCCUGUCAGCUCAUGAGCUCUUUUCCUCACCAAAACCUUCCCACCAUGAUAUUCCUCUCUGUGAAAAAUCUGCCAUGUCAUUAUUCAGAGCCUGCCCUCGACACCUUACUUUAACCGCUGAAAUGAAAGCAGUAAGGCUUGUACUGGAUUAGGUUUGUCAAAAUAGUUCUUCCUGCAGAACCGUCAGGUUUUUUCUGGGGGGGGGGGGUUUGUAAGCGCAACAAUCUUAGCGUACCCACAACUGUAAUACUAAGGUUUUCCAAACUGCUUCUGUAAGUCUCCAUAGAAAUGAUAGGGGCCCAGCUUGUACUGUAUGUGUUGAAUUCCAUUGGUAAAAUUAUCAAACAGCACUGGAAAAAAGUGCCACCCCACUUUUCUGUGGAAAUUGAGUUGUCAUUUAAAUCUGUGAAUAUUAUCUAUAAUUCAUGUAUCUAUUAUUUUAUUUAAAUAAAAUAUUUAUAAAGUGAGCUUUAUAAAUAUUUACCAAAAAAAGGUUUUGGAUGAGUGGCAUUACCUGACA